GCUAAAUUCAAAAUGGCGGACGAAGCUGAGGUGGAACUGAAUGUACAAUUUGUGUGUCUUUUUGCCCAAGAACACGUGGAUUUUAGAAUAUCGGAGUUGUUAUCAGUCUCUAUGAUGUUUGGUUUUGAAGUACUUGUGGAGAGUGAGGACCACAGGAAAGAAAAUCCUUAUCUUGUAGUUCAUUUGCCAAAUGAAGACUGUGCAAGGAAGCUGUUAUCCAGAACAGUUUCCAUAAAGUCUGUCUAUGAAUUGUGGGGACAAGGGGAAAAUUUAACUGCAUUAAAGGAGAACCUUCUCCAAUAUCCACCUGAUAAAAUGAGAACUUUCACAUCCGGUGACAAAUCUUUUAAAAUCAGCAUUGAGUCCUUUAAUAAAAAGUUGUCCAUAAAUCAACAAAGAGAGUUAAUUGAUCAAUUCCAAUUCCUUCCUUUUCAAGGCUGUGUGAAUCUGACAGCUCCUGAUAAUCUGUUUGCACUGUUGUUGGAUUAUGGAGAUGACCCCAAUGAAGCCCCACCCAGUCCCCAGAGGUUGUUCUUUGGUCGCUUGGUGGGACACGGUCAGCGUCACUUGUUCAAACAGUAUUCACUCAAGACAAGGCGUUUUAUCGGCAACACAUCCAUGGAUCCACAACUGUCAUUCCUGAUGGCCAAUCAGGGACAGGUUCGUUCAGGCAGUCUUGUUUUUGAUCCCUUUGUUGGAACAGGUAGUGUUCUUGUGGCCUGCGCUCAUUUUGGUGCCCAUGUGAUGGGAAGUGACAUAGAUUAUACACUGCUUCAUGGUAGAGGUAGAAGUUCACGAGCCGACAGGAAAGGCCAGUGGAGAGGUCGCGAUGAGAAUUUUCGGGCAAACUUUGCACAAUAUGGACUCGACAGUUAUUUCGUUGAUAUACUUAUAGCUGACGCUGGGAGACUGGGACUGCGAGAAAUUCCUUUGUUUGAUGCAAUCAUAACAGACCCACCUUAUGGAAUCCGAGAAGGAGCUCGUAAGUUAGACACAAAUAUGGAAAUUCAUGAGGAGAAUGAGAGUGUUGAUCAGACGUCGCCGUGUUCAGCGGUGCGUGGCUGUCGUCUGUCAGAGAUACUCACAGCAUUAUUAGACCUAGCCGCGCGACAUCUUGUUCUUCACGGCCGGCUAGUCUACUGGCUUCCAAUUUAUCGACCAAGUUAUUCAGACGAGUUUCUUCCCAGUCACCCAUGCCUCAGACUUGUAGCGAACAGUGAGCAGGGUUUAUCUAGACAUGUUUCUCGGCGACUGAUCACCAUGGAAAAGAUCAAAGAGCAUGUGGUGGGAGGCCCAAACAUGUCCGUGGUACAUCAAAAGUUCUUGGAAUCGUGCGAUAACUUUAGGGAUAAUUACUUCAGCCAGCAAAGCACGUGACCUUUGAAAUAAUGUACAUUAUGACAUCGAAGCACACCAUGCCUCGAUGUCAUGAUGUACAUCAUUUCACGUGACGCACCGUUAUGUGAUCGUGUUUGGAAGAACUCCGAUGACGGGAAGCCGCUAGACGCAUUCUCGUCUUACGAACGGUUUCAUCUACUGGUGUUGAAAGUCGACUUCCAGAGGUUCGAUUCUUGUAUAUUGCAAGAUAUCUAUCCCGUCCUUUUAUCUGUUGCAAAUCUUAAAAAUUGAAAAAAAAAACUUCAGAUCAAGUUUCAUUCCAAGGAGUUCUCCAUGGAUACUGAUUCCAGGGGAAAAUGAGCAAAUGCAUGCUGUGUUAAUGACAUCGAUCUUUUCAAUUUCCUAUCAGUCUCUUAUAAAUAAAAAAAUUGCAACGAAACUAACACCCCAAAAAGGCAAUAACAACAAAAAAGCAACGACCAAACAACCGAAGAAAAAAACAAAAACAUUUUUUUUAAAGAAAUCGCCCUGUACCUGUAAACCUCUUUAAUUACAAGGUUUGGAACAAGUCUUGUUCAAAGCUCUUACACCCUGACUGAUAACUUUUUUGUUCUCAGGUUGUCAAACUAAACGAUAAACGCGCGAUGAUGCUUCGAUUGGCUUGAAUGCUAUAUGGACUUCUAAAUCAACUUUUGGAGUCCACCCUGUAUUUAAGAUCUGAUAAUUGAUUCUCUCUUCUUGCUUGUCAUGAAUUUCUUUCCAAAUUAGUUAAGAGAAUGUAGUGCUACAGCAAGAAAUUACCCUAUCGUAGAUCAAGUCGUCAAAUCUUACUCCAUCGAAUGGUAAUCACUUUUGAAGAUAAGAAAGGACAGAAUGCUUAGACAAGCACAUAAUUUUCAAUCGAUUGUCGAUGGUAAUCCGUGACUGCGUGCACGUUGUCGUUGGUCCAAAAAUAAAACUAAUCAAGAUCCCG